ACACAGUACUCCAAGAGAGUAGUAGAAGAACGUUUGUUGCUUAGCGUGGUUCUUUCGUAUCGGUGGGCAUUUUUAGCUUAUUCAAAUUUGGUUGUACAGUAGAGUUAAUACCACCGGUUGGGUUAGAGAUAAUUCAGGAUUUUUUUCUAAAGUGUACCGCGGUAAAACGUCCAACCAAAGCUCGGGGAGAAAAAAAAAGCUAGACAGAGGAAAGUUAAGAAGCAUGGCCGUAGACAUGAGAUUACCGACCGUUAUAAAAGCGAUGUCUCUAUCCGUUCCUGCCGCUGACCGGAAAGAUAUGGUUGUCCCCGGAGAUGUUAUCACUUCAGACACUGGGUUCAUGAGGGGUCAUGGCACAUAUGUCGACGAAGACAAGCUGACAGCAUCAGUUGCCGGAGAGGUGCAGAGGGUGGACAAACUUAUCUGUGUCAGACCGCUUAAGACCAGAUUUAACGGUGAAGUCGGAGAUGUUGUCGUUGGCAGAAUUACAGAGGUUCAACAGAAGCGUUGGAAGGUGGAGACUAACUCUAGGUUAGAUUCUGUCCUCUUGUUGUCAUCCGUCAACCUGCCUGGAGGAGAACUGAGGAGAAGGUCGGCAGAAGAUGAGCUCACCAUGAGAGAAUACCUUCAAGAGGGCGAUCUCAUCAGUGCAGAGGUGCAGUCUGUCUUCUCAGAUGGAGCCCUGUCACUUCACACUCGCAGUUUAAAGUAUGGAAAAUUGGGUCAAGGAGUGCUGGUGCAGCUCUCCCCUUCUCUGAUCAAGAGGCAGAAAACACAUUUCCAUAACCUGCCCUGCGGUGCAUCCAUCAUCUUAGGGAACAACGGCUUUGUGUGGUUGUAUCCCACGCCGGGACAACAAGAGGAGGAAGCUGGGGGCUUCUACACCAGUCUGGAGCCUGUAAGCCUGUCAGAUCGAGAGGUGAUUUCACGGUUGAGAAACUGCCUGCUGGCCUUGGCGGCGCAUAAAGUGCUGUUGUAUGACACAAGCGUACUCUAUUGCUACGAGUCGUCUCUCCAGCACCAGGUAAAGGACAUCUUGAAGCCAGAAGUGAUGGAGGAGAUUGUAAUGUUGACACAACAGAAGCUGUUGGAACAGGAAGGUUAAAAAGCCCCAAAAAAGACCUAAAUCUGUCUAACGAGACCACUUGUGGUGUAAAUUGCCUUUUUUACUUUAGAUUUGAUCAAAUGCAUAAUUAUUGUUGGAAAGCUGAUGGAAAAAAAAAUUAAAUUUAUAUGAGCAGUUAUCAGUUGUGAUCUUUUGAUAAUGUAUGAUACAUAAAGCAAUUCUAUUGUCAUUGUCA